AUGUCAUUAUGUUCAACGAGGUUGAAGACUGCCAAGGAGGCAAACACCGAUGUGCCUGCAAGAGAAGGUCGCCCAAACCCAAUCCGCAGCUCCGUCACCGCACCCGGCAAACAUCCACCCCGUAACAUGCGCCCCGCUCACAAGCCAGAAAUCGGCACCAAGACGGUCACCAUCAACCUAGACAAGUAUAAAAGCCACACAGGCAAGAAGUACGAGACAGUCGACGCCAUAGAGUCCAAGCAGCGCCGCGUCGAGGCGCUGAAACGCAAGCAAGAUACCCUCGCAUCCAGACUCAAGCAUCUCGAAAGCCUGAAGCUAAUCAAGGAGAUGAGGGCCGAGUCUAAGACUGAGAGGCUUGGGGGGUCUAUCGGCUGUGACUUCCACAAUGCCAUUUGUGCUGUUAGGGCGAGACUCGAGGAAGAAGGCCCGUCUAGACUUGAGCUGUGGAGUCUGUUGGUGUGGAAUGGUUCUUCCGAACGCAUUGUUGGGAAGCAAGUUCGCGUAAUCCCUGGCUUCAUGAUAGCCAUGACGACUGACUGGCCAAUUGGGCAAAAGCGAGAUCCUGUUUUGCGGAAAGAGCACCUGGAAAUUCUACCGAGUGGCGCCGUGGAACUCGGCUCGGACUGCCGACGAUGCGGAACUUGCGCAAUAUUUGAUAUGGCGCCUGGACGGCGCGCUCUGUCGAGCAGCGUCUUGCCGGUUCCGGGAGGGCCGUGGUCGGUGUCAUGGAUCCGAAGUUGGCGGUCAAUCCGUUUGAAAUGCUCCGACAGCAAAUUUGCCAUCGAGGGCUCGAGGAUAUACAGCACGCCCACCUAUUCCCUAACAUUCGAUCUACCCUGCGACGCCUACGGCUGGCAACCUACCUAG